AUGACGACGAUACAGACGAUGUCCCUAUUCUCUCACUCCGCUUCUUUUUUGAAAACAAACGCUGAUACUAAACCUCCUCCCCGACAACUCGUCGAAAAGGCGUCGUCCUCCCGUUGCAAACUUCAUCGUUCACAAACUGGAAGUCGUUUAAAACGGUGUCGUCAACUCCACGAAGUUGUCGUCACUCUCGCGAAGAAUAAAACUGAUGACGAUGAAAACCACGAUUCAGAUGAUGAUUCAGACGAUUCAGACGACGCGUUUAUUCAACAACUCCUUCUCAACAACAACAACGAUGAGAAGAACAAGAGUCGGUAUGAUUGCCACUCUUUGGAGGACUUUUUGGACAGAAAAAAAAAGCUGUCGAAAAUCGACUUCAACAGAAGACGGUUCAAAGUGUUUUCGAAGUUUCCCAACGACAAUCGCUUGAUUUUCGCUCUCUCAGGCGAGUUACAAACUCGAAACGGAUUCGAAGGCCACACGGCGAGGUUCCGCCAAAUACCAGAUUUUAUGUAUUUAACCGGCAUCAGCGAACCGGAUUAUUUCCUGUUGAGCACGUGCGGACCGAACGAAGAAGACGUGAAGACGGUGAUAUUAUGUCCGAGAAAGACGGAACAGAUGAAAGUCUGGAUGGGCGCGGGAAGAAGCGUUCAGGAGAUUCAAGAGACGACGAUGUGCGACAGGUGCUUUUACGUGGACGAAAUCGACGACGCGAUGGAGUAUUUGAACAACAACGGUAGUAAUAGCAAUAGUAACAGUACGGAGAAAAAUAACGACGAAGGAGAGGAGACGAGGAGUAACAAUAAGGGAAGAAGGGCGUUUAAGAUUGCGCACUCGAAGGUGGUUUUUGUCGCGCCGGAACUGGACGACGUCGCGUUGAAGAAGCGGUUACAAAGCAACGACGCUUUCGUGAAAUCAAAGACGUGGGGACCGUCGAUUAGCGCGAACGCGACGUCCUCAAAUUUCAGAUUCGAUUACGUGGCGCUACCGGAUAAAAUCGCGCGCCAAAGAGCGAUAAAAACCAAGGAAGAAAUCGAAAGGAUUAAACGCGCAAACGACGGGUCCUCGGACGCGCACAUCGCGAUGUGGCAAUUUUCGAAACCAAACGAAACGUAUGAGUUUCAGUUGGAAGCUGAAUUUAUCGCGGCGUCUACGAAAAGGAAUUUGCGCGAACUCGGGUACCCGUGCAUCGUCGGGAGCGGUAAAAACGCGGCGAUUUUGCACUACGAGGAGAAUAGCGCGUUGUGUAAAGAGAAAGAAAUUGUAUUGGUCGAUGCCGGCGCGGAGUGCGAAGGGUACACCGCGGACAUCACCAGGUGUUUUCCAACCGACGGGAAAUUUACCGAAGACGCCAAGCUGCUCUAUAACGUCGUUUUAGACGUGCAAGUCGAUGCGAUUGAACGCUACACGAACGGCGCUCUUUGGGCAGACAUCGCUCGAAAGGCCAAAUUGAAAACCAUAGAAGGAUUGCAAAAGAAAUUGGGCGUGGUAAAUGCAGAUGCAGAUUUGAACGAAGCUUUGGAAGCAGGUAUCUCGGAAGUUUUUUUACCGCACGCGUUGGGACACUAUCUCGGAUUACAAGUUCACGACGUAGGACCAAACUCUGGGACGCCGUUACCAGUAGUGUUGGAAGUCGGCAACGUGAUCACUUGCGAACCGGGGGUAUAUUUUGUCGAAGCUUUAUACGAGAAAGCGUUAGCGAACGAGAAGCAAAAGAAGUUUUUAAACAGAGAAAAUAUUGAACGGUUCGCUAAAGUAGGGGGCGUGCGCAUCGAAGAUAACAUAUGGGUCACCGAACGCGGGCCAGUUAAUUUAACGCGAUGCCCGAAAACAGUAGAAGACGUUGAAGCCGCGUGCGCUUCCGCGUAA